CGGAAUCACUUCCAGUGUCCACUCACAUGUCGACAAUUUCACCUGACAUUGUCGCUCACUAAGGGAACUGGUUUCAGCGACAUCAAAACGGCCAUCUAAUGUUGCAGUAAUGUCUUUCGGCAUCUUGUGCCAUCCGCGGCAACGAAGCCCCAGCCUCUCCUUCACCCCUGCCAUCUCCGCCAGGCCUGCCAUUCAAAAAGGAGACGUUAUGCCAGCAGGAACUCUGGUUCAAUUAAUUCAUGUUAUUGCUCUCUGGUUUCUGUGUUAUUUUUUUUCUCUUAUUGUCAGCAUCGUAGUUUGUUCCACUCGUUUCGACAACCAGCAAGUUGGUUUUGUUCUUCUCAUUCCAGUGUUUGUUGGUCUCGUCUUCCAACUGCCGCCGCUCUUUCAACCUAUCGAGACUUCCCGGACGUUCCUUUGCUCGGCCGUCGUUCGUUUUCGUCCUCAUUUUUGUGGCGUGCUACCUACUCGACCUUAUUGUUCGCCAUUAUCCUGUAAUACCGAAUUUCUCUCCGGUCUUCUGCCGACUUGUUUCAGUGCAACUCGGUCCAGAAUAGAUUCUUGCCUCGUUUCUACUUCGAACAAGAUGGAAGCCGUACCAAUCUACUCCGAGAUCAAGAGGAUCUAUUCGUCGUUGCAAAAGGCGGUUGGCCUCCACCGCAGGAAGCGACAGCUGCAGAUUGUGCGUGCUCACCACCACACUGCCGAAGGAUUUGCUCUAAUCUCAUCACAGUCCCAGCCCUUCAACUUCAGAAAGGAAUCCGUUACGCUUCCGGGACUAUCUGAAGAGGAAAUCUCGGCGCUCCGAGAAAAGGCAGCCGUCUCAUGCCUUGGCAUUGCUCAUGCCGGCGCAUACAACGACAAGAUCGCACAUCACGGUCACCGCCGCUCGCCCUCGUUGCGCCCCACGCCUGGGCCCCGCUUUCUUCCCACUCCUUCAACAGGGACUUCGUACCUGUCCAUUCCUUUACCGAACCCCAUCCCGGGCGGUUCCAGUGACUUCGAAGAUACCUGCCGGCGUGGCCUCGGCCCUUCUUCAGGGCGGAGCAGCAGUACCGCCCGUGCGGUGCCCAUGCCGGGUGGACCGAUGAGGAUAUCGAUCACGAUGAACGAUCUGUCAGAUCUGUUGCUCUUUGAGAAUCACUCUGAGGUGCGGUUCUGAGUUCUGAGUUCCGGAUCAGAGCCGAAGCCUGGGUCUGUCCUGGGUAUGCCCGC